AUGGUGGUGCUGGACGCGUCUUCCUUCCCCAUCCAAGGUCUGCCCGAUACGCCGUUUUCGACCUUUACCGUUAACAUCACGCCAUCUCUGUCCUCGUAUCACCUCUCUAGCAUCGCCAUAAUGAACCAGGAAGAAACCACUAAAGACUCAAGCACUUCGGCCAACCAAGGAUCGGAAUACAAGUCCGCACUGUCCUUCAUCCUGUCGUCCUUCGAUUCGGAGUCCGAAGAAGACGAGUUUAAAGCCAGGACGCGAGACUCCAUUAGCGAACCGACCAGAGCUAAAUGUAGACGCAGCGUCAAGUCGGCCUCGAUGUCCCCUAUGGCUACGACAGCAGUUUUGGCUUUCAAACCAGCAUCAAAGAAAGGCAGCAAAUUUUGCUCCAUUGAGGGUUGUAUGAGUCGUGCCAAGCACGCUAAACGCUGCUGGAAACAUGGUGGCUGGGUGCGCUGCAAGAUGCCGGGCUGUAACAACCGUGCCAAGUCCAAGGGUGUUUGUUGGUCACAUGGAGGAGGAACCGUGUGCUCUUUUGAAAGCUGCGAUACCAUCGCCGUGUCGAAUGGUUUUUGCUGGGCCCAUGGCGGCGGUAAGCGAUGCCAGGUGCCCAACUGCUCCAAGCCGGCGUAUGAGCGUACGCAGAACUACUGUCAGGCGCAUUAUGAGGAGAUUGAUGCUUCGACUGACUUCAAGAUGAAUGACAUGUAG